AUGGUUCAAUUCUCCGAAGAGACCAAGGAACGUGUUUCCAAGGUCAUUGAUGUCUCUCGCGUUGCGAUUCACUACGGCUACUUGCCUCUUAUUAUCUACCUGGGUACGUGUCGCUAUCAUUGUUUAGGGGACGCAACUAAUCUCAAGGAAACAGGCUACUCUUACAGCGAACCCAAGCCGUCUCUGUUCAAGUAUGUUCUGCGUUGUUCUCGCCCUUGGCUUAAACUCACAAGCCCGGAUCUCGACAGGAGGGUCUCUAGACAGGACCUCAUACCUCCCAAGAGAGCUUGUAGCCCUCGGCCUUCACAUACUACUACGUUACCUCCUAUCUCAUCCUUCGAGCUUGCAGGGUUCAUGACGGGCCAAGAUGGCUUGUCGUCAUCCUUUGUGGAGACCGUAGCGGGUUUCACUGCAGGGGUGGUCUCAACGCUCUGCCUCCAUCCACUUGAUCUGGUAAAGACCAGACUCCAGGGUAUAAUUCGCGUUCUUCAACCCGUUUUCUUUCUUUCAUCUAACAUUCCUGGAUUGUAUGAAGGCGGCUUUGCCGCCUUCUACCGUGGACUAGCUCCGAACCUCAUUGGUAAUUCCACAAGCUGGGCUUUGUAUUUCCUCUUUUAUGGUAGCCUUAAGAAUGGCAUAUCCAUAUACCGAGGCAACUCUUGGGCGCUCACGUCCUUUGAUUACUUUUUGGCUUCGGGCACAGCUGGUGCCCUGACAUCUCUCCUGACGAACCCAAUCUGGGUCAUUAAAACCCGCAUGCUUUCAACAGGCUCCCAAUCUCCCGGUGCCUAUGCUUCCUUCACAUCUGGUAUAAGGCAUAUUUACCGUACCGAGGGCGUACCAGGUUUCUAUCGCGGCCUUGUGCCUGCAUUAUUUGGGGUCAGCCAUGGCGCUCUUCAAUUCAUGGCUUAUGACCGAUUGAAAGUUCUACGGUCUCAUCCGCUCCAUAAUUUUUCUCCUCUAAGCGAGGACCAUGAGAACAAGGCACGGAAACUCGAUAACGUGGACUUCCUUGCCCUAUCUAGCCUCUCGAAGCUCUUUGCUGGAUGUGCCACAUAUCCAUAUCAGGUGAUAAGGUCCCGGUUACAAACCUAUGAAGCCCACCUUCUAUAUCGUGGUGCUACCGAUGCUAUUAUGCAGGUCUGGGCUCGUGAAGGAAUAUCUGGCUUCUAUAAAGGUCUAGGCCCUAAUCUCCUACGUGUUUUACCAAGCACUUGGGUGACCUUUCUGGUGUAUGAGAAUAUGAAGAUUUUGAUACCAAAUUUAGUCGCAAAAAAUUAG